AUGGAAUGGAUCAAUUUGGGAAUGCCGGUAGUUUACUUCACGGCAAGCAUUCCCUAUCUCUUUCUAACCAUCCUGCUGGUGCGCAGUCUCCUUCUACCAGGCGGACAGGAGGCCAUUCGUGAUUACUACCUAUCCAUUGAUUGGUCUCGCCUAGCAACUGGCCAGGUUUGGAUGGAGGCCGGACAGCAGAUCUUCUGGUCCCUAGCGCCCUCAUGGGGCAUCACAAUCACCCUGGCAUCGCAUAACAAUUUCGAUCAUCGUAUCUACACGUAG